UUUGAAAUAUAUUUUGGAAAUUUUAUAGGUACAUCAAUAAUUAUUCAAAAAGCUAAUUUAGAAGAGAGAACAUCUCUUGACAAUCCAUCAGCGAGCCCUUCAAUGGAUCAAAUUCUAGUGGAUAUACAUCUUGGACAUUCUCUUCGUCAAGGCGUAAUGGGUUUUUGUUAUGACUGCGGAAAAGCUUGUUUUAGAAGGGGUAAGUAUAUUCGUAGUUGUACAAGAUUUAAAUGUCGUUGCAGUAUUAGUGACAUUAAAUAAGACUUCAUAAUUUCUUGUAAAAAUUAUAAUAAAAUUAUCGUAUUUAAUAUUCUUCUAUGGUUUUGCUUUACCGUGUUGAACAUAGAUAACAGGCUGAAAGUUAUGCACACGAUAUAAUAUUUGUGCUACUUAUUAGUGUAAAAUAAAUUGACUUACUUAGCAUAGGCGAUGAGAAAUUAAUUUUUCUUUUAGAGUUUUUGCUAUGUUUGAGCUGAAAUUUCAAACCGAAUUGACCAAACUGAUGUUUGGUAAAUCUGGUGUUGUUAUAGUUUACACACAUAAACCGUUAUGUAGAAGAAUAAAACAAAUUCAGAUAUUGGUUCCAUCAAAACCCAGAACUCGAAUUCAAACAGAUUGAUUUAACGCAGUUGUUCAUAUAAAGAUAAGAAAACCUAGGUCUAACUCGUUUCUCUUUUCUCAUAUGACGAAAAAUCAUUUAUCCGUUUGUUUCUCUUUUCUCUCCUCUCAUAC